AUUGAAGUAUGUUCCACUGAUGAUGUUAUUAAAGUUAUGACAGUUGGAGAGAAGAACAGAACAACAGCAUCAACUAAAAUGAACACUAACAGUUCAAGGUCUCAUCUCCUCCUCAGAUUGGUCCUGGUUUCUUAUAAUUCAGUAUCCAAGACUACCACUAGAGGUAGUCUCACACUAGUUGAUCUGGCAGGAUCAGAGAGAAUAUCAAGGAGUGAAGCAACUGGACUGAGACUAGUGGAAGCAGCUGCCAUCAAUAAAUCAUUAUCAGCUUUAGGACAAGUGUUUUCCUCAAUAAGAGAGAACUCGCUCCACAUUCCGUUCAGAAACUCAAAACUGACUCACCUCCUCCAACAGUGUCUAGGAGGAGAUGCUAAAGCGUGUAUGUUUGUUAAUGUGAGUCCAUUGGAUGCUAAUGUACCUGAGACUAUCAGUACACUGGAGUUUGGAAUGAAUGCAAGACAAGUAGCACUGGGGAAGGCAACAACACACGUCACUAAAACAACUUAAAUAAACUCUCUCUCCUUUUCUUUCUUCGUAAUUUCUUAUUUUCAUAAUUUCUUCCUGUUUCUGUACUUUUCUUUUAAUCUGUUAAAAUUUGUAA